GGAGUAAGAGGAGGUUGCAAACGGUUUUUGGGAACGUCAUGUCCUGGAGAUUGUAAAGAUUCAAUGACUUACUUGCGCAACCUUUGUUUCUUUGUUCUGUAUAACUCGUUCAAAUGUUGAUUGUUGAAGCAGGUGGCCUGAGGUUGGGCCCGCAGCGGAGAGGAAUGAACAUAUGAUGUCGCUCAUCCCGUCGACAUAGAUAUUGCACCAUCUGAUGAUAUGGCAUCACAUCAUGAAUGUCGACGCAGCCAAAAUAGCCCUCUUCCGUCGCAGCAGCAGAGAUUAUCCUCAAAUGCAUCCAGUGAAAAAGCGGUUGAGACACGGGGAUGAUGAAGACGUGCUGAGGUCGUCGUGGAGUGGAGGAACCCGCGCCAGACCUUAGUAAGAUCGGACAACCCCUGGUCGUGGGCUAUGCUCUGCCUGUAGAAGAGUCACCGUGCCGGUCGUGAGUAUGUUGCGCAGACGAGGAUCACAUCCUUGUAGCAAUGGCUGCUUGCACUUGUUAAAAAUGUACAUCAGCCUCCACCUCGCUCUUCACUUGGGUGAUUGGUUUUGUGGCGCUGCAGCACUGCAGGUCUAUUCCUCCGCAGUACGCCAGGGCCGGACCACGAGAGUUGGCGUCGGCGCGCUGCAGGAACAUGAAUCGCAAGUGCAUCAGCACACGCGACUACACACUCGUGCAGGCCUAAGUUCCAGCAACAGCGCAGCAGCUGGAGAAGAAGUGCACCGCGGGCAGAAAAACUUUUUUGACGACCUUACCGAGAAACUCACGAUACCCUUUAUGGAGACCCAGAACUUUCGCAGCUUCAUUGGGCUCAGCCAUAGGCAAAGGCCAACGUGUAACUGCGGUUGCUGUAUACUUGCCUCGCACAGUACCGCCUACCCAACCUGUGUGCCGGUUCACUUCGGACAGACCUUCGAAGCACACUCGACGCUGGACUGCGAAGUUAUCGCAACUGGUACGUGUAGGUUCAGUAAUUUUGGUAGAAGUGGUUGUACAUGAUCUACGUCGACUUCUUGUUAUCCUUCUCACCCAGUAGGUUAAGGUUUUAUUUCCGUGUCCGCACCCUGCUAUCGCUAAUAGUAAUAUCGCUAUACGCCAUGGUAUUGGUAAGUGCAACUGGUACUGGGAUGUUCGUAUUUGUAAUUUUUCAAAAAUCCGAAUCAAAACCCCUUGACAAGGUCAACCCGAAAGUGGACAAUGUGUCGCGGGAGAGGGUGCAGUUUUCAUGGAAGUUGGUUCUGAGGUGGACAAGGCACAUUUCUGCUCUACCAACUGCGAACCCGCGGCCAUGUUUGUCAGAACUCAUACUGCUGCGCCGGCUGCGCCCAACACGGGCAACGCGAAUGCUGCGCCUGCGCCCAGUCUUUUGCAGCCGGAGCACCAGAAGCCUCCCGGACCGGAGUGCGUGGCGGUGAGCAACGUGAGUCUUUCUCGGCUGGGACUGGAUCCCAACGACGGAUCGUCGCACACGAACAGUCUGAAUCUGAACCUGCAAAGCUGCGAUAGCUACGUGAUGCAACUCUACGGUGGGAGUGCGGCCAGCAAGAGCUGCGCGUUUGCACGGUUCGCGAUGAACGGCGAGCUUCCCGACGAGUCUUGCGCAGAGGAGGCGGUCUGCGACAGUACCGCUGCCAUGUUGCACAAGUUGCUCCCCACCUUCGACGAUAACACAGACUGCGCUUGCCAGCUGUGCACCAAGCUGACGCACUGGUACGACUCCAAGGGCGACGUCGCCUGCAGCAACGGGGAGAGCGUCCGCCUGGCCUGCCAGGUGUGCACGCAACCGAUGUCCGCCAGCGGUUGCGACGCUUUCAAGGUGCAGCACCUCACGCCAGCGGUACAGGAGUUCAACGAACGGGAGGGCACGUCGUUUUCGCCCGUCAACGUGGACAUGUGUAUGCUGGAUCUGUAUAACAACGUGCCCUCGGCGGCCUCCCAGCUGAGCGGCUUCUGCAGCCAGGCGCUCGCGGAUGAGGUUGGUACCAAAGCAGUAGCGACGUUGACGGUGGAAGAGUUCGACUUGAACACACAGUGCACCUGUAGCAUGUGUGUGCACUACUCGACCGCAAUCGAAGCGAAUGCAGUGCAGGAAAUCAAGGACAAAUGCAAAUCCUGUGUCGCCGUGGAUUUCACUGCCGCGACCGUGGAAUCUUGUGCCAGUUUCCGCUCCGACACGUUCAACAGUGCGGGCGCCGCGUGGUCGAACUUGAAGCCUGGAGAGUUAGAGACCUGCACGUUAGCAGGGUUCAACAAAACCCCACCGGAGUACACGCGGCUUCUCAACGGGCUCUGCACCAAGAAUUUCAUCUGCGACGCCCUGCAGAACGUGGUACUUACGCCGCUUCAGUAGUUCUCUUGUAUUUGUAAUCAGGAAUACUAGAGAAAUAGAUAUAGAUCUAGAAUCAACUGAGAAGUAAAAACAGUAUUCCUAUUCAUUGAGACUCGCUCUGUUUUCUUCUCUUCUUUCAUAUGGAGAAAGCAAUAGCAAAAUAAAUGUGAAACGCGAAUGCUGUCACUGGAACUCUGGUCUGUAGGAUGGCAUGGAUCAUAAAGUCACCAAUGGCAAUGAUAUUGACUUUGGUGCAACACGUACAAGGCGGAUGUAAAUAAAAUUUCUGUUGAUCAUGUUUCGAUAAAACAUGCACAGGCAACGAGCUUGGGGACAAUACCGACCGGCGAUGCAGCAAAGUGCCCCUGCUUGAUGUGCCUUGAGAUGCGGAAAUAUUUGGCAUCGGGAGGGCAGGGGUGCCAGCAUGCGCUGGCUGUACAGAAAGCGUGUCAGACUUGUGCCGCCAAGUCAGAUAGCAGAAUUGUUACUCUCCCAGUAUGAAGUAGAAGUUGGCUGGCUUGACACGAGGAUGACUUUGGUCACCGUCCGUUCCAGGAAAUUCCAACGUUAUGCCCAACGCCGCGAGCACCGAAACAGGCCCUAUGUAUUUUUUCCUCUCGCGAAGAAAACUCUUUAAGUUUGAUUCGCAUGAUAGCUAUAGCAAGCCGCGAAAGCUUCAGCUUGACGCUAUUAGCGGCUUGAAAAUCUGCAACAGGGCAGAAACAACUUUCAACACGGAAUGGUAGUGAUGAAGCUUCUAGCAGCUUAUCGUGAUCAUGUCCUCCCUGCUUCGCUCCAUGCAAAAAAGCACAGCCGCCAGGUUAUAUGCAACAUGAAAGUUGAAGAGGAAAAUGAUUGGACUCGCACGCGGCUGUCCACAGAAACUUGAAUAUCUGAUGAGUUGCUUUGUUGCAAUGAUCGCUCGGUUUUUAUGGUCGGUGCUAGAAGAAUAGAAAGUGCAUGAACAUGGUAUUCCGAUGGAUUCACAUUCACGUACCGUUUUAACAUUUUGUGAACAACGCCCCGAAAAAUUCGGUGAUGUCGAUCUGAGCGUAGAAUAAUUUCUUGCGGUCAAGUGUCUGUCAAAAAUUAUGAAAUCGUGAUCUUCCACUUCCACCUUUCAAGGGCUUGGCAGAAAAAUAAUCAUUGCAGAGUCAAUAAUUGCUCCAGAGCGAAAAAAAAAUAAAAUUAGAAGAACGCGACCUCGAUCGGUAAAUCUAAAUUGAUGCUACAGGAGCAAAGUCAUUUCAAAGGACUGAGUCGGUGACUGUCAAAAUCUAGUUCUGAACAUAUAAUGACUACACGUGCAUUGUCGUCUUCGUCAAAUUUCUCGCCAUACUAGCAAGCAUUUUUAUCUUCGAUCGACAGGUGCUUCAGCGAUAGCGACUCCCG